GGAAAGUAUAUUUUGUAUACAUUUAAACUAUACAGUUUAUUUAAAAAUAAAUAUCGAGAAAAACUUAUAAAGUGUGGUAGUUCUGUUGAUGAGUUUCAAAUAAGUGUUCACUUACAACAAAAUCAAAAUGGCGGAGCUUAUAAGACGAAUAAUAUCAGGAUACAAUAUGCUUUUCAAUGAAAUGCCAGAUCCAAGGACGAAAUCUUGGCCACUCGUUGCGAAACCUUACCAGGGUCUAACAAUUUUGUUUUUAUAUUUGAUGUUUGUGUUGAAAUGGGGUCCAAAGCUGAUGAAAAAUCGAAAACCAUUCAAUUUGGACAAAGUUAUGAUCAUUUAUAACGGCGUACAAGUUAUUUGCUGCGCCUACAUUGUCGUUACAGCUAUAACAAAGGUAUGGGAUUGGGGUCAGAAAUACACGUGGGUGUGUGAGCCGGUCGACUACUCGGAGUCUGAUUAUGCCAUGCUGGUUACGAGGACUGUAUACUUGUACUAUUUGCUGAAGAUUGCUGAUCUUGCGGACACGAUUUUCUUCGUACUGCGCAAGAAGUUCAACCAGCUAUCAUUCCUGCACAUCUACCACCACGCCGGAAUGGUCGCCGUUAUAUGGACGGCUAUUACCUACUUACCGGGUGGGCAUGGCUCUUUUGUGGGGGUGAUCAACUCCUUCGUUCACAGCGUGAUGUAUUUCUACUACAUGCUCACCGUGGCUUUCCCCGCGAUCAAGCAGUACGUGGCAUUCAAGAAGUUGGUUACGCAAAUACAAAUUGUCCAAUUCUUUUUAUGCUCAAUUCACUUCGGUGCUAUAUGUUUUGUACCCGACUGUGCUUAUCCGAGGUGGACGGCUGCCGUGUUCCUUCCGCAAAACAUAUUUAUGCUAGUUCUGUUCUUGGACUUUUACAUCAAAACCUAUAUAAGGAAGCCAAAGCAGUCACUCUGUAGUAAAAACACAGUUGUUGAAGAGAAGGAAGAAUCAAUUACUCUGGACUAUGAUACAGAGAAAGUAGAAGCUUCACUUAACAACAAGAAAGAAGGCGAUUUGCGGCAUCUAAUUAGGAGUAAUAGUAAAAUUGAGAAAAGAUGUUAAUGUUAGAAUUUAAAUAAUAAAAAUAAUAUACA